AACGUUUGUAAAGCUUCUUGCGCACAGUAGGCGCUUAAAGCAUGCUUGUUGCUUUCGCCCACCAAGAGUUUUGGGGUGUUUGGUUGGUUGGUUGGUUUAACUGGCUAUGGGAAAAUGGUGGUGGUAUCUUGUUUAGAGAGCCUGGGUUGGCAUCUGGAAGUCCUGGGGUCACUGACGGGGGACUUUGGGCAGCGCCCUAAUCUCAUUAGAGCCACUCCUUUAGAAGGGUGCUGUAAGCAUCAAAAGAGAAGAAAAUUAAGGGACAAAUAAGUGCUCUAUAAAAAGCUUUUAGGCCCGGUUCUUUUGGAGUUUCAAGAUUUCCCAUGGUCAAACAACAAAUCACAUCCUUAAUUAAAUCUUUAAAAUGAGACACAAAGUUUAGAUAGGACUUGAUGGGGCUCUCCAUCAGAGAGCUUUGGCCCCCGGGUUUACUACUUCCAAGGGGUGAGCUUUCCAGGACAAAUUUCCAAAUUAAACUGUGAGGACUCAGGAAGAAGCUGCCAGUUUGCCAAGGUUUAUGUUCUAAAGUUGUUUGUGCCUUUGUCCCCUCCGUUACCCUGAUGAAUCCUAGGGCUCCACUAUAGUGGCUAUGGAAGAGAGGUGUGGAGCUUGGUGCCCUGAUCCAGCCGUGGAGUCUUUAUCUGGCUCCCCAGGAAACCCACUAAGAUCAAUGCCUGAAAAGGAACUAAAGACCAUUUGCAGGAGAUCUACCUAACUUCCCAAGGAAGGGGCAGAAGUGGCUUCUUCAGCUAAUGGAGGAGGUAUCCAACAAGAAGGAAUAAGUUCUGUGCUCUCUACAGAUAGGAAUGAUGAUGUAGAGUUUAGUCAUGAAUUCAAGGUAGAGCAGAGUUGGAUUUGGGCAUAAGUACAAUUCGAUAAUAAGCAAGGGAGCCUGCAGUAUGGAAGGGGAAUAUGACCCAAUCACAGAUAAUUGUAGCAAGAGAAUACUAGGUAUAGUGAGUGCAUAGUAUGCAUGCCGGCUUUACAAUCAUGCAGAUUUCUGUUCAAAUAUCACCUCUAACAAAGAUGCUUCAUGUAUCAAAACCGCUUCACAUAUGUACAAGGCCAUAGAUGGCUGACACUGGUAAAGGCAGGGGUUCUUAACAUUAUAGGGGCAUGGAUCUCUUUAACAUUCUGAUGAAGCCUAUGGACCCCUUCUUAGAGUAAGAUUUUUAAAUGCAUAAAAUAAAAUACAUAGGAUUUUAAAAGAAACCAAUCAUAUUGAGAGAAUUAUCAAAAUAUUUUUUAAAGCUUACAGACUCAAGGUUAAGAAUUCCAGGUUGAGAAAUUCAAAAGAUUAUAUGAGUUUAAAGCUCUACAGAACCUUCAAAGCCAAAGCCAGCCCCCUUAUUUUACAGAUGAGAAAGCUGAGACAAAGAAAUUAAGUGACUUUAUUAGAGAUCUGAACCAUUUUCCCUACUCCAAGUUCUGUGCCCUCUCCACAGUGAUACACUGCCUUUCUCACCCCAAGAAAUCCCCAGGCUUCUGAGAUCAUAGUUCCUUCCCCAUUCCCAUCUAAGUGCAAAAAAGAGAGAACAAAGUUAUCUGUGAGAUCUGAUUGGGAGGAGGGGUGGAAGAAGGGUCAGGGAAGGAUCUGUUGUUCUAGCUCCACUAUACACUAUGAUAGUCCCUCCAGCUAAAUGAUACAGAUGGCUUCCUUUAAUUUAGUUUCCCAAGGAUUUAGCAAAACUUCCUCAUAGUUAGCCCAAUAAAAACUCUACCACACCCUUCCUGAUCUAAAUCCUCAUUUGUCAAAUUGUGUCAGGGGUGCACCUGGUUGCACCUGGCAAUGGGUGCCACCUGGUUAAAACAAAGAUAGUUCAACCUCUCAUUUUCCCCAAGAGCACCUCUUAGGUUCCUGUGCAGAACCACAAGCCAGGAAGUCCAACUCAAACAUUCUACCUGCUGGAGUUGAGUUUUGUAUAUUUGUAUAUUAUAUGCAAGAUCCACCCCUUUCCAAAGCAUGAAAUCGAGGAGAAUUAGGCAGAAGCUCUAGAUUAAAUAGUCCUGAGCUAUUUAAGAACAGAGGCAUCUUUGCCAUAAAAAGGAAUAGAAGAGCUCAAUUCUCCAUCUGGACAGCAUGGUCCAUUUUAAACCCUACCUGGUCUACCUGACUCUCUUCAUGACCUGCCUCUUCAAUUGUCAAGAAACAGAGACCCAUUCUGACUUCAAGAUGCCUGGGGAUCAUACCAUUGCAGGGUUGUUUCCCAUCCACUCUGUUGAUGAUGAAGUCAGACUCAGACCUGAGGUGACCCUGUGUGGGAGGUCCAAGACAUUCAAUGGCCAUGGAUACCACCUCUUCCAGGCCAUGAGGUUUGGCAUAGAAGAGAUUAACAACUCUAGUUCUCUCCUUCCCAAUGUCACUCUGGGCUAUGAACUCUAUGAUGUGUGUUCAAAGUCUUCUAAUGUGUAUGCCACCCUGAGUGUUCUUUCCCAGCCCAGAGGAAACCAUAUCAGGUUUCCAGAAAAUGUCUUCAACUAUUACCCCAAAGCAGUGGCAGUCAUUGGGCCAGACAGCACUGAACUGACCUCCAUCUCUGCAUCCCUCCUGAGCACAUUCUUGGUCCCCCAGAUCAGCUAUGAGGCCACCAGUAUGAUGUUCAGUGAGAAGCAGAAGUACCCCUCAUUUCUGCGCACAAUCCCCAGUGACAAGCACCAGGUUCAGAUGAUCCUGAUGCUACUGAAGAAGUUUGGGUGGUCUUGGAUCUCAGUGAUUGGCAGUGAGAAUGACUAUGGCUUGCAGGGAGUGCAUCUGCUGGAGGACUUGGCCAAUCAACAGGAGAUCUGCAUUGCCUAUAAGGAUUUUGUGCCCAUUUUAGCUCAAGCGGCCGAUAAUACAAUGCAGAACAUGAUGGUGGACAUCAACAAAUUUGGUGCAGAGGUGGUGGUUGUCUUCUGCAAUAAAAGGCUGGCCCGUGUCUUCUUUGAGGCAGUGGUGCUGGGGAAUGUGACUGACAAAGUGUGGCUAGCUACAGAAGACUGGUCCAUCUCCAGUUACAUCACACAGGUGCCUGGCAUUUCAAGGAUUGGGACAGUGAUUGGGAUAGCUAUCAAACAGAGACAGGUGCUUGGAAUGAAAGAAUUCGAAGAGGCCUACGCCCAGGCUAAGAACACCUCAGAGGCAUCAGGUGGCCCUGCUCAAGAUAGGGGAGAUCACACUUGCAAUCAGCAUCAGGCUCUCACAGCAAAUGCCAAUACUGAGCUGAGUCAGUUUUCCAUGAAUGCUGCCUACAAUGUAUAUGCUGCUGUGUAUGCAGUGGCCCAUGGGUUGCACCAGCUCCUGGGCUGCCCCUCAGGAGUCUGCACCCCAGGCAAGAUCUACCCUUGGCAGCUGCUGGCGGAAAUCCGAAAGGUGAAUUUCACGCUUCAAGGAAACCCUGUAUCCUUCGAUGAAGAUGGAGAUCCAGUCAGUGGAUAUGAUAUUAUUACAUGGGACUGGAAUGGCCCAAAUUGGACCUUCAAAGUCAUUGGCACUUCCACAUGGUACCCAGUUUUCUUGGAAAUAGAUGGGACCAAAAUCCACUGGCACAGAGAGGAAAAUCAGGUGCCUCGGUCAGUGUGCUCCCAAGAUUGUCUCCCAGGAGAGGCCCGGAGGAUAGUGGGACUGCACCACUGCUGCUUUGAAUGUGUCCUCUGUGCAGCUGGGACCUUCCUCAACAGCAGCGACCAGUACACUUGCCAGCCUUGUCAGAAAGAAGAAUGGUCCCCAGAGGGCAGCCAGACCUGUUUCAACCGCACCACUGAAUUCCUGGCCUGGGACCAUCCAGUUUCCCUGGUGCUCUUGGGAGCCAACACAUUGCUGCUCCUCUUGUUGACAGGGGUGGCCAGCCUGUUUGCCCAAAAUCUGGAGACCCCUGUGGUGAGAUCAGCUGGGGGCAGGAUGUGCUUCCUCAUGCUGGGCUCAUUGGCAGGUGCUGGCUGCAGCCCCUACUGCUUCCUUGGGGAGCCAACACUACUCACUUGCCUGUUGCGCCAGUCUCUUUUUGCCCUGUGUUUUGCUGUCUUCCUCUCUUGCUUAACCAUCCGCUCCUUCCAGCUGGUCUUUAUCUUCAAGUUGUCAGCCAAGAUGCCCGCUCUCUACCAUACCUGGGUGCAUAACCAUGGGUCCAGGACCUUUGUGGCAGUUAGCUCCACUAUCCAGCUUCUCAUAUGUAGCGUGUGGCUUGUGGCAUGGACCCCACUGCCUAUCAAGGAGUAUAAGCGGUUCCCAGAGCUGGUGGUGCUGGAAUGCUCCAAGGAGAAUUCUCCAGGUUAUAUGCUGAGCAUCCUCUACACCUGGCUACUCUCAGUCAGCUGUUUUGCCUGUACCUACCUGGGCAAGGAUCUGCCAGAGAAUUACAAUGAGGCCAAAUGUAUGACCUUCAGCUUACUGUUCUACUUCAUUUCUUGGAUUGGCCUUGCCACUUCUUCCAGCAUCUACAAUGGCAAAUACAUGCCGGCCAUCAAUAUGUUGGUCAUCCUGAGCAGCCUCAGUGGUGUUUUCAGCGGCUACUUCCUCCCCAAGUGCUAUGUCAUCCUCUGCCGUCCAGACCUCAACACCACCGAAUACUUCCAGGCCUCUAUCCAAGACUACACCCAGAGAUGCAGCUCCCCCUAAGUGUUUUAGCUAGGGAGGGGAGGGAAGGGGAUGGAUGGGGUGGCUGGGUAGGCAGAAUGGGAUGAGGAAAAGUUUUUAUAAGGCCUACUCUUCUCCCCUGAGGUUUAGUAGCUACAAGUCACAGAAUCUGAAUUGGAAGGUACCUUAGAGGCCAUGUAUCUAGUUCAAACUAUAUCUAACUCAAUCCUCUCUACAACUCCAAGAAAUCAGAAGGAAGCUUAAAAGAUAAUAAUCCAAUCCACACAUAAUCAAGAAUUGACUCCUCAACAAGUGAUUAUUUCAACAGCUAUUCAUUACUCUCAAGGCAGCCCAUUCAAAUUCUGAAUAGAUUUAAUUAUUUGGAAGUUUUUGAACAUUAAGCCAAAAUCUGUCUUUCUUUUAUCUUCCUCCUGGGAACUAAGUGUGGAAGAGGGUAUAGAGUCAACAAAAGGGCUGAUAGCCAUCCUUUUUAACAAAGGAGGCCCAGAGAAUGAUUUACCCAAGGUUACAUAGCUACUAACUGAGAGAGCAGGGAUUCAAACCUCUAUUCUUUGACUCUAGUCCUCUCUGUAUACACCAUGCUCUUUAAGUAAAAGGAUCCAAAACCAAAAAGGACGUUAGAGAUUAGUCCAAACUCUUCAUGUUACAGAUGAGGAAAGUGAUUUAUCCAAAGAAAGGCAAGUAGUAAGUAGCAGAGAGACUCCCUCUCCAAACAAAUAACUUUAGCUAGCUUCCCUAAGCCUCUUUACAAGAAAAAAUAAAAUGGAAACAUGAGUUAUAGGUUCCUAGCUUGAAGGGACCACCAUGGGGCAGUGGAAAGAUGGCUCUACCACUCACCAUCUGGAUGAUCUUAGGCGGAUUAUUUUCAGGGUUCUUCAUUUAAAAGGAAGGGGCUGGAGUUCCAUGACUUUUUUUCCUAAGUCCAGAGUGGUAAGUGCUGGGCAAUAGGAGUUAAGUGACUUAACCUGGGUCACACGGCUAGGAAAUGAACUUACAUGAUUUCUAAUGAUCUCCAAUUCUAAAUCUAUGAUCCUAUGAAUUCUAUGAAUCCAUCUAGUCCUUCAUUUUAGAGAGGAGAAAAUUGAGGCCCCCGGGGGAAAGGACUUGCACAGGUCACUAUGGCAAAACCAGGAUUCAGUCUCGAUCAUCUGAAUCCAGAUCCAGGCGUCCUUUAGCCCGGACUGCCGGUGCCCUAGCUGGAGGGUGGGGGUGGGGCCGAGAGCAAAUGUCAUCAGCUGGAAUGGUCCGAAAAGGUUUUACCCCGGGUUUGGAACCAGGAGACUCGAAAAUGAUGGAGUCUAGCCUCCUCAUUUUACAGAAAACUAGGGUCAGAGGUUAAGCUAUUGGCCCUCGGUCGCCCCGAGUUGGGCAGGAGCAGAGCCAGCUCUGGGGCCAGGGUUCUCAGGCUCUAAUUUGGGGCAUGGAGCCAUUUUCCCUGCUCCCCAAGAAGGAAACUCAGGGAUAGGACAAGGAAGGGGUGAACGUGGAGAGAAAUAAAGAACUUGACCUCAGCGGGGCUUUCAGCUUUCAGGGAAGCUCCGCCCCUGGCCUAGGAGGAGCUGACCUGACGUCCCCGGGGCAGUCUGGCCACGAGCCCAAACAAGGAGUGGAAACGCCUCCGUCCCGAGGGCGGAACCAAGUUCGCUGCACAGCCGUUGCCUAAGCAACAAGGGAGG